CGUGACGUCAGUCGCCACAGUGGGGGCUCAACAACUUCAUGUUUUUUGUUUUAAUCGUAUAUUCCCGGAGCACAAAAUAAGAGGCACCGAUACAAGACGGCUCCAUGGACAGCUCCAGAGGAUUUACGAUGCUCCGUUGCAGGAGGUGUCGUAAGAACUAUAUCGACUCGACGUGCUUGAAUUUGAUGCCGUCCACAGAAGAGCGAUCGGUGGCUCAGUGCAGCGUAUGGCACGUCAACGUGGACGCUCUGCCUAACGGGAUGCUGGCUGCCAUACACCAGGCCCAGUGGACCGUCGGAAAACUGCAUUGUGGGAACUGCAGCGCCCGCCUGGGCGGCUUCAACUUCAUCAACCACAGCCGCUGUCCCUGCGGCCAGAACAUCACGGUGCACCUCAGCAAGAGCCGCGUGGACCGCCACCCGGCCCUGCCCCUCCAGCAGGGCCCCCCCCCCAGAGGAACCCGUCCCGCCCCCGAGGACCCGGGCACGGACCCCAGCGGGGGCGCGGAACCCGCCAGCGCUCCCACCAGGGACUCCCCGGCCCGCCCGCCGCUGCCGGGCUGCGACGCCAUGUCCUGCGUUGCCUCUGUGACACAGGCCACUCCCACGUACGCUCAGGCCUCCUCCUCCUCCUCCUCUUCCUCCUCCUCCUCCCUGAGGCCGUCCGAUGGCGAGGCCGGACCGACGCUACGCCACCCCACCUCCAAAUGCUGCGUCCCGCACAGAGCCGGACGCCGGCUUCAGACGCCAGGUGCCGACGCCCCUCCCGGUGGCUCCUCCUCUUCCCCCUCCUCCUCCUCCCCCUCCUCCUCCUCCUCUUCCUCCUCAGCUCUCUUCCCACCUGGCCCCCCAGAGAGGCUGGCUGCAGCGUGGACGGAGACGGAUCGGUUGCCUCGUCCCACAGCGGCGCCUCAUCAGGUGGCCGCUCAACGACCCCCCCUCCCCGCCACCGGGGGACCCCCGUCCGGCCCGGCGCCCCCGCCGCCCCCGCCGUCCGGCCCCGAGGUCCCCGGUGUGGUGGUGUCGGCCCCCACGGAGGAGCCCCCGGACUCCCCCAUGUUCCUGAGGGGCAGGACCAUCACGGACAGCAUCGGGGAGCUGGCCACCCCGAUGCCGGCGCCCCAGCCGGCGCCGUCGGCCGUGUCGGCCGCCCUGAGCCGGCUGAGCAAGCGGGAGAAGAACCGUCUGAAGAGCAACCGCAGGAAGCAGAGGAGGAGGGAGCGCUGGAUCCACAGCCUGCUGGAGCAGGAGCAGAGUCUGGGCGGCCUGCUGACGGACAGCGAGGAGGAGGACCGCGAGGGCUUCACGUGCGCCGUGUGCCUGGACCUCUACUACUGCCCCUACAGCUGCCACCCCUGCGGACACGUCUUCUGCGAGCCCUGCCUGCGCACGCUGGCCCGCAGCCGGCCCGGCCACACCCCCUGCCCCCUGUGCCGCACCCUCAUCUCACACACGCUCUUCCAGAAAGAGCUCAACGAGACCACGGAGAGCUUCUUCCCCAAGGUGUUUAACGCCCGCAAGAACAAUUUUCAGAGAGCGCCUUGCUCAAGGUGGCCACUGCCCAGCGGACCCAAGCGCUUCCACAUCUUCUGGGGCUACCAGAGGCAGCCAGCCGAGCCCGGCCGGCGAUGGCCCCUAGGCCCUGCGGGCUUCACGCUGGACGCCCUGGACCUGGCGGACAUGCGCGGCUGGCUCUUCGACGUGGACCUGGUCAUCAUCUACAUCCACUCGGUCAACUGGAUCCUGGCCUUCCUGCUGCUCUGCUUCCUGCUCUACUUCUUCUUCUCCUGAAGAACUCGCCCCCCUGGUGACCCGGCGGUUCCAAUCGGACCGGUGGACUUUCUUUCCCUCUUUCUCUGUCUCUGUUUUAGAGGUUGUGGGGGUCAGGCACUGUUGCCUCGUCGAUCUGGUGUUGUUGUUUUAGAUGUUUUGAGCACCUGCCUUUUCACUUUGGGCUUCAAUCACUUUUGAAGCUUUUGAAAUCCUUUGCCGGACCCCGCGGGGGGGGGGAUUAGAGUGGUGGGCUGUGCUGAUGCUCAAAUAUUAGCAGGGAACCGAUCGGUCCCCUUUGUAGCGGAAGGGUUAUACUUCUUUGCCGGCACGUUGGCCAAAGAGCCACCGGAAGACUCGUAGACUUGGACCCGCUCCUUUUUAUUCUGAACAGUUGUGCAUCCUCCCGUAGCUUAGCGACGCAAUUGCACUUCUCUAAAAAGAAACGCGCUGACGGAUGAGCUGGGAACGGACAUUGGAGGACAAAGUUGGUUAGUUCAUGUACAUUAGAGGUUGGCAGACUCUAUACUGCCCCAGUGUGUACAUGUCAAUGCGACGGGAAGGUGUGAAUCACCUUUGCGAAGGUCUUGUCUCUGCAUUGUGUCAUGGCCAUGGAUUGAUACGAACCAGGCGAGGACCCAAAUGUGUAAGUCAGUGGACAGGUCAGAAAUCGCUUGCAUGUCUGCAUGUUUGGUUGCAUCAGUGGUCACUUAAAUCGACUGCAGGUAAGAUUUAAGAGCUAGUAUUAGUUAGAAAUACCAUAGCCAUCCCUCAGCUAUUAGUGAGUCGAAUGCUCUGAGAAUCUCAACAUUAAUUGAGAGAAUUUAGAUUUCAGACUACUCCUGGCUUAUUUAUGAUAUCUCUUCCAUAUUGAUUUGGAGAAUAUGUCUUGCCUGUCAAUCACAGGUCUUUGAAUGGAACACUUAUUAAUGGCUGAGAAAUGUAGGGUGGGGGCAGAGAUGGGAGUGAGAAGGAGUGUUCAGUUUCAAAUAUUUCUCUCUUAUGCUCUGUUCUGCUCUCGCUCUUGAACUCUUGAACCCUUGAAUCUAACCAUCAGAAGCUUUAAAGCAGGACUUUCUAAGAGUAAGAGAAGAAUCUGACUGGCAAGAGCACUUUUUCUAGUGCUCUUUAACACCUGGUCUCACAAAUCAGACUUUAGAUUAGCAAUCUAGAGAGAUUGUGAAACACACUACACUGAUGGGCAGGUCAUGUCAGGUUUUGUUCUCUAUGGAUUAUGUGUUUUUUUGCAAUGUGUCACUGCCCAUCCCUAUAUGGAUUACUUCCUACAUUACCCAGAAGGACGUCUGCCACCCAUCUCUCUCGUGAGACUCAAAGCCAAGGUGUUGCGGUCUUGAUGUAUAAGGCUAAUACUCGGUUUAGAAUGAAGUGCAUCUUUGUGCUAAAUAAGGGUUUUGUCUCCGUAGGGAAAUUGCAAAAAGUGGAUUUUCUGGGGUUCUCAAGGGGCUGUUUUUUGUGGGCAAAGCUGUUGAUUUGGUGUUUGCCAAUAUCUGACCACAUUCUAUAUAGAUGUCGGUGUAGCACCUUAAGGGUGUCAAAAUGCUUGUGCGUGGUUUGUCCUUAUAUUUCGCGCACAUGCAAUCCAACAAUGUCGUAGAAUUUUUUUCAAUGUGUACAUCUGCGCUACCGACGCCCCGUGGUGUCAUUACACAAAGUGUACACUAGAGGGUGACUUAUCGACAGUGAGACAGAACCCCAGAGUUGUUGCAGUUGUUGUUCUGAUGGUGCUUAAUGGAAUACCUGAUGAUUAUGGUUGAUGCUACAGCAAGUGGACCUGCUCCCGUAUGAAUUUCCAUUGUGCCUUCUGCAGCCAUGCCACGCCCUCUACACAUCACCAAUGGAACAUCAAUAUGGAAGUCUUUUCCUCUAUCUUCAUGGAUUUUUCCUUUGAAGAACAGGAAUAUGCCUGCUAAUUUGUUCUACUCUUUUUGGUUUUGGUUCUAAAUUGCAAUUUUUUUUGAUAUUCCUGGCCCCAUAAUGGGUGGUCCAGAAUAACCUAGGGGGUGCAGAAGACCCAGGUGGACGGCCCGUCACAGAGCGGGUGUGGAGAACGUAUAAAUCACAACACUGAAUCCUUCAUGCCUUUGAGUUCUUGGUUCAAGACAUUGCCAAUCCCAGGCCUCCUUUUUUGAGUGAUAUCAACUGCCAGAGAUGGGAGGGGUGGGCCUCCUUUACAUUUUUGGACACGCCCACUUCAGAGGGGCGGAACUUUUGUCGAGAAUAUCGAGGAACAUUCUAAAAGUAAUCCAGUGAUGUAUCCAAACCAUCAGCCAAUUUACCACCAUGCCCUACCUUACCUUACCGUACUGUACCUGACAAUACCCUACCUUGCUUUACCCUUAACUCUUUAUCUGGUUACCUCACCUUACCAUAUCUUAAAAUAUAUUACCGUACCAGCCCAUGCCUUACCUGUCCUCAGCUGUUGGCACUUUUUGCAUUAUAGGCCUACGAUUAAUAAGAGGCUCAUUAGCAUUAGCAACGUAGCUUUACUUCAUGUCAUGUUCAUAGUGGUAUAGUGCAAAUACAGGGGCACACUGUUUUUUUUGUACAAUAAAGUCAAAAUUGCACAUUAUUGACAAAACAUUUUAGUCAAUCAUCUUCUUAAAAAUAAUGCUAUGGUUAAGCUUCUCUGUCUGGAUAAAGGACAGUUGAGUAGAGUAUAGAUGUGUGGAGUUAGGUUCUUUUUCUUGUUAUUUUCAUCACCACUUCACAGCAAAUCACGUGACUUGCAUUUGGUUUUGGAUUGUUGAAAUAAACAGUUUCUACUGUCUUUUUUGUCUCAUGAAGGGAAGACUUUCUUGCAAACACAAAAUGUUAAAUGCAUUGUAAUGAAAUGAUAACUAUACUCAAGAAUAUUCGUAGAAAAAAAAUCUGUCAACAAAACAUUCAUGUUUACAGUAGUUAUACCUGCAUAUGUCAACGGGCAUUAUAAUAUGAGUUUAUCGAUAAGAAAAAGGCUAUAGGCCUAGACAUUGUUUAUUCUGGUGUUGGACUAUAUAAUUUCUAAUA